UCGGGGCCCCGCCGCCCGCCCGCCGCCUGCCCGCGCGCCCGCCCCGGGGUCGCGGCCUCCUGGGCCCGGGGCCACCGCCGCCGCCGCAGGACGGGGAGGCGCGCCAUGGCGUCGUGCGUGGGCAGCCGGACCCUGAGCAAAGACGACGUGAACUACAAGAUGCACUUCCGGAUGAUCAACGAGCAGCAGGUGGAGGACAUCACCAUCGACUUCUUCUACCGGCCGCACACCAUCACCCUGCUCAGCUUCACCAUCGUCAGCCUCAUGUACUUCGCCUUCACGCGGGAUGACUCUGUCCCAGAGGACAACAUCUGGAGGGGCAUCCUCUCUGUCGUGUUCUUCUUCCUUAUCAUCAGCGUGUUGGCCUUUCCCAAUGGCCCAUUUACUCGACCCCAUCCGGCCUUAUGGAGAAUGGUUUUCGGACUCAGUGUGCUCUACUUCCUGUUCCUGGUAUUUCUCCUCUUCCUCAACUUCGACCAGGUUAAGUCCCUCAUGUACUGGCUAGAUCCGAAUCUUCGAUACGCCACAAGGGAAGCAGAUAUCAUGGAGUACGCUGUCAACUGCCACGUUAUCACCUGGGAGAGGAUUAUCAGCCAUUUCGACAUAUUUGCGUUCGGACAUUUCUGGGGCUGGGCCAUGAAGGCCCUGCUGAUCCGCAGCUACGGCCUGUGCUGGACAAUCAGCAUCACCUGGGAGCUGACUGAGCUCUUCUUCAUGCACCUGCUGCCCAACUUCGCCGAGUGCUGGUGGGAUCAGGUCAUCCUGGAUAUUCUGCUGUGCAACGGCGGCGGCAUCUGGCUGGGCAUGGUCGUCUGCCGGUUUCUGGAGAUGAGGACCUACCACUGGGCCAGCUUCAAAGACAUCCAUACCACCACUGGGAAGAUCAAAAGAGCUGUGCUCCAGUUCACUCCUGCCAGCUGGACCUACGUGCGAUGGUUUGACCCCAAAUCUUCAUUUCAGAGAGUGGCUGGAAUAUACCUUUUCAUGAUCAUCUGGCAGCUAACUGAGUUGAAUACCUUCUUCUUGAAACAUAUCUUUGUGUUCCAAGCCAGUCAUCCAUUAAGUUGGUGUAGAAUUCUCUUUAUUGGUGGCAUCACGGCUCCUACAGUGAGGCAGUACUAUGCUUACCUCACUGACACACAGUGCAAACGCGUAGGAACACAGUGCUGGGUGUUCGGGGUCAUUGGUUUCCUGGAAGCUAUCGUGUGCAUAAAAUUCGGACAAGAUCUCUUCUCUAAGACCCAAAUACUCUAUGUUGUGCUUUGGCUUCUCUGUGUGGCCUUCACCACCUUCCUGUGUCUGUACGGCAUGGUGUGGUACGCAGAGCACUACGGCCACCGGGAGAAGACGUACUCAGAAUGCGACGAUGGCACCUACGGCCCGGAAAUCUCCUGGUCUCAUGCAAAAGGUUCAAAAGGUUCUGAAGACAGCCCACCCAAGCACCCAGGCAACCACGAGAGCCACUCUUCCAGAAGAAGGAAUCGGCAUUCCAAGUCGAAAGUCACCAACGGACUUGGAAAGAAGUGAAGGAGCCUGGUUCACGCGGACGUCCCAGAGAGUGCCUAGAACUGGGAGGGUGGACAGAUGGUGUGGCCCUCCCUGUGCCGAGGGCAAACAGGUGGUGCCAUCCGGACGAGCACAGGGGCCUGGGGUCAUCACUGGACAGCGUGAGUCUUGUUUCCCGUAGACCCAGUCACGCCCGGCAGGUCCUCGCCUGGGAUCCUUUGCCAAUGCGGGGUCUCGUCCAGCUUCGGCACUUGGCAUGCGGUCCCUGGUAGGGGCGCAGAGCUCCGCGGGAAGGGACGGCCCUGGUGCCCGGCCGUCCGGGCCGCAGCGUGCGUGGGUGUCCUGUGGUUGCGGGUUGUCGACAGACCUUCCUUCCAAUGUUCAAGCUGGUGACGGGUUUUUGUUGUUAGGGACCUGCCUCUCCCAUCCCACGGAUUGGUUUCGGGUCAGGCUGCUGUUCUGUCUUGUGUUAUCGUCGUGCUUCUUUGGUUUUAAGUGAGAGGCCACUGCUGAAGCUGCACUGGGGAGGGCGCGCCCCUCGCCUGCAGAUGAGACGGGGAGAGUGUGUUCCCUCCAGCACAUGCCCCCCUCCUUAGGACGCGGUGGGUGGAAACCCAUGUGAGGACAAGUCAGCCACCCACCCAGGACCCCAGGCUUCAGAUCAGAACCUUUCUCGUCCGUUCCAAAUGUCAUUUGUCCCGACGUGUCCACAGUGCGCAGAAGUGAACCUGCUGCAGAGGCAGCGCCCGCCAUGGCUCCUCUCCCAGCCAGGUGCCUUUGACAUUCUGUUUUCCUUCCUGGUGUGUGGCUGACAUUGUCCUUUAGUCCCAUGUCAGGUGCUGGUGAGUAUUACCUUUCACGUGUGCCAUGCUCUAGAACCCUUGCCCUGGUAGUUCACCACCUCGGAUGGAUUCCUGUUUUAAAUAAAAUAACUCACGUUAAAGUCCGUCAAA